AACUUCUUUUCAUAGUAAUUAUGACACUCUAAAAAUAUAUGAAAUAUAUCAUUUUAAUUCUCGAUUCAUUACUACACCACCUAUAUACAAUAUAUAUCAUACGUAUACAAUAUAAUAUUGUAUAAAUAAUACAUUUGUUGAAAUUUCAUUACAAAAUUUAUUUAUUUUAUUUUAAAUUCCUAACAUUUGAUGAGAAAAUAGUUAUUAUUUAUAAAAUGGCAGAUGAAUCUUUGUUAAACAUGUCAGAUCAAGAACUACGAAAGUUACCUAAAUCUGAAACGUGCCAUAAUAUUAAUAUUUUAGAUGUUAGUAAAAAUAAUUUACAAAAAUUGGAAAAUGUUGAAAAUUAUAAUAAUCUUAUUGAAUUGAUUGCAAGUCAUAAUCAAAUGAUGAGGAUGUAUACUGUUUCAAAGUUAACAAAAAUUGUUAAGUUAGAUUUAUCCAACAAUCACUUAAUGAGUAUUGAGGGACUUAGAGAUUUAGUCAACUUAAAAUGGCUUAAUUUAUCUAAUAAUAAAAUCAAAAUAAUCGAACAUUUAAAUACAAAUGUAAAUUUGGUACAUAUAGAUCUUUCAUUUAAUAGCAUUACAUACAUUACCAAUCUAAGUCAUCUACUGAAAUUAGAAAGAUUAUAUUUACAUUCAAAUCAGAUUUGUCAUUUAACAAACUGUCAAAAUUUUUUACCAAUAAGUUUAAAUAUACUAACAUUAGCCAACAAUAAUCUUAAUGAUUUAAAUGAAAUAUCACAAUUAUGCCGACUAAAUUCUUUAAAAGAAAUUUCAUUAACUGGUAAUAAUUGCUUAGAAGAUUAUAAAUUUAAUUACCGGCCCUAUAUUGUGAAUUGGUGUCCUAAUGUAAAAGUAAUUGAUGGUUAUGCAGUUGAUGACAUUGAAAACUUAAAAGCAGAAUGGCUUUACAGUCAAGGACAAGGUAGAAAAUUUCAUACUGGUCAACAUGCUGCUCUAGUUCGGUAUCUAACAGAAACUUGUCCAAUUACUAACCAUGCAUUGGAAACUGAACAUGAAAGGAAAUUACGAUUAGUUUUAAGUAAAGCUCAACAGUAUAGAGAACAAUUACAUAGAACAUCUAUUCCAAACUCUACUGUGACACCACAAGAUUCUUUAAUGACUAGAAGUUUAGAUCCAAGUGCCUUAAAGUCUACAACUCAAAGAUUAUCUAGUGGUCCUGAAAGCUGUCAAGUUACUCCAAGUAGUAUGAUACGUAGUGUACAUUUACCAUUAUCUGACAGUAAAGGGCAAUCUCAACCUUUACCAGCAGCCAGUACUAUGUUACCAAUUUUAGAUAGUUUACCAAGUCCUCUUACUCCCUGUUUACCUAAUUCAAGACCAAUAAUAGGGCUUCAGACUCCUGCUGGUGAAGAAUCUAGAGCACCAACCAUGGAAAAACUACAAACUAUAAAAAAUAAAGCAACAUUGAUGAACAUUAAUGAAAAUAAUAAUUGUGAUUUAAAUCAAUCAGCAACUAUAAUACAAAAAUAUUGGAGAGGAUAUCAAGUACGAAAUCUCAACAAAACUGUAGCUAAUGUAUAUCAAAAUUUACAGAUGCUUCGUUUUAAUGAAUAUAUAAAGCAUUUAAAUAAAGAUUUGGGCGACACAAAAUCUACACUUGAAAAAGAACAUGAAUUAAUCAUUUCACAAAUGCAAGCUGUCAAUGAAUUAUGGAAAAAAGUAAAUAGUAUUGAUAGUCGAAUAGGAGAGAACAGCGGAAAUGACAAUUACAAAUGCCUUGAAAAAACAUGUACUAUACUAGAUACUAAGGUACAACAACUUCAAAACUCAAUGGAUCUUGUGUUGAGAUGCGUUAGUCCUUCUGUUACUAAUGAAGCUGAGACACAAACUGAUAUAAUAGCUGUUCAAACACCAGAUGCAUGUUGUCAAAAUUCUAAUAUAUUAGCACGGCCUAAUUUUCUUCCUUUGUCUAAAUCGUGUACCAACCAUGUAGAAUCUACUAAUAAUUUAAGAUAAGAUUGA